AUGAAUCCAGUGCUGGGCAACCAGACGGAAGCGGCCGGGCUCUUCUUGGCCAACAGCAGCGACUCCCUGGAGCGGGUCCUGCGCUGCUGCACCCAAGCGUCCGUAGUGACGGACGAUGGCUUCGGGGAGAGCGGGCAGGACGAACGGAGCCUGUACAUUAUGCGGGUGGUACAGAUAGCGGUGAUGUGCGUCCUAUCGCUUACCGUUGUCUUUGGAAUCUUCUUUCUCGGCUGCAAUCUGCUCAUCAAGUCCGAGGGGAUGAUUAACUUCCUGGUGAAGGAUAGGCGACCAUCCAAAGAGGUGGAGGCAGUGGUUGUGGGACCUUACUGA